AUGAUCUCCGGAGCGGCUCUUCUCCAUAGACCCACCUCAAAUUUCAUCUUCUCUCACCCUAACCGGCCCGGUUUCUCCAGAACCAGUUUGCGUAUUCGGGUUUCAAAGCCGGAAUUGCCCGACUUUUGUGGAACUACAACGAACGUGAGAGUUGGACUUUCGUCGAACACCAUGUCUACUAAGUCGUUGAAGUUGUCUGGAAUAAGUGGGUGA